AGCAUGUUCAGCUGAUUCAAAAGUUCGAGGGCAUUAUUUGUGAAUAUAGACUUUUGACGAAACCACGAAUUAUACAGAUGCGCUUUCUUGGAGAUAUACAUAGCCGCAUUUAAUGAUACAAACUGAUCAUUUGCAAUAUAUGCUUCUAUGGAGCGUCUGUCACGUCUGAAUCUUUUUGUUGCUUUCUCUGAUCUUUUUCGCCGAUCUUUUUCGCCGUUGGCCGAUCCGCUCCACCGCGUCUUACAGUGCUACCAAACAAAUGGCAUCGUCUGAGGAAAUCGACAUUCGUCAGUUGUCUCUUCAUGAAUCGGAGGAAGCAGAGGAGAACGAACAGAAUAGUGACAAAGGGCAUCACAAGCAUUCAAAGAAAGGCAGUAAAAAGAAACCGUUGUCUAAGAAGAAGGAGAAGGCUUUGCAGCGAGAACAAGAACGAAAAAGUGCGGUUUUUGCUGCAUUCAGUAAAUUCUAUGAGGACGAAUUUGGUACCGAACGAUGGACUUCGUUGCUUGAAGCACUCAAGAAACCUGUGCGUCACUGUAUCAUGUUGAACAAGUACGCUGAUCCCGAAGAUGUCGCUGUCAAGCUGACGGGAAUGAAAGAUGAUCUUCAGCGAUUGGACUUUUUGUCCAUUCCAUGUUUCGCCACUUCACAAGCACGAUUCCCACCGCCUUCGAAAGAUCGUCAUAAUAUCAGUGAUUACUAUAUCCUGGACGCUGGCUCGGUUCUAGCCACUGAAGCUUUAGAUAUUCGUCCCGAAGAUCGAAUUCUCGAUCUGUGUGCAGCGCCCGGCGGCAAAUCGCUUUCGGUAUUGCAACGAUUAUCAGAAAAAUAUGGUCAGUUGACAGCCAACGAGCUUUCCCCGGAUCGUCGUCGUCGUUUACGGCAAGUCAUGGAAAGUUAUCUUCCUCCCCGAGCGGUUCAGGCCAUUGUGACAGUGACAGGAAGAGACGGUACACGCUGGUAUGGAGAGCCAGAACAAUACGAUAAGGUCCUUUUGGAUGCUCCUUGCUCCUCCGAACGCCAUUUACUGCACGAUGAUAAGGAAUUCGAACAAUGGACACCCAAACGCACGCAGCAAAACGCAAAACGUCAACUCGCGCUUCUAAAAGCUGCUGUGUUUUCAUUGCAAGUGGGCGGACAGGUUGUCUACGGCACAUGCUCUAUCAGUUCACUGGAAAAUGACAAGGUCAUUGAUAAGAUUAUCAAAAAGGGCAAGGUCCCUGUGAAAGUUGUGCGUAAAUCGUGGGCCAUUGGUGAAGCGACCAAGUAUGGAUGGAUCAUUCUUCCGGACACGACAGGCGGAUGGGGACCAUUAUACUUUUGCGUUCUACAGCGAACCGGUGUGUCCAAGGAGGAAGGCAGUGAUCUGGAGGACAGCGAAAAUGACUUUGUCGAAAGCGAGGAUGAAGUACCAGCAGCUAGAAAAAACGAGAAAUCCAAAAGCGGGAAAAUCAAAAAGAAAUAAUAUCUAGAAAGUUAAAUAGAAAUAUCAUGCAUCAUUUUUUUUGAUCUGGCAAGUGAAUGUGGAAUAUACGAUCAAACAAUCAAGGAGAAUCACG